UGAGAGACCGGAGGCUGUAAGUCAGUACGAACAGGAAAAGGCUGAUGAGAGGAGGACAGAAAAUAGAGAGGACGGGAGAUAAAGCGACACGUGUGAGCACCAGGUGGAUUGGACAGCAGGCGCAGGAAAGCUUCUUGUUUUUAAAUUGCUGUUUUAUCUAAAGGAAGAUACAGGUUGUUGUUUUUUUUCUUCCAUUUUUUUUUGGCAGCCAGCUAAGCAGACUUCUCCUGGAGGGACAUGAAGGAUGCCUUGUUUUGCUGUGGGGUCAUUUAGUGGGUCAACAUUUGAGCAGGAGCUGCAGAACUGAGACAGAAUGCAGAACCAGUCACUGACCACUGGGACACUUACUCACCUUUUUUGACUUUCACUCAAGGACUGUUACAUACAGUAGAUGGACUGCCGGGCCCUGUUUAACUUGUAAACGGGACCAUUUUUGCAUGUUGUCAAACAAACUGUAACUGGUUCAACAGGCUGCAUGUGAACUAAGGAAGAGAAGUGGAGUUUUAUUAGUUCAUUGUUCUUCCUUUUUAAAGCAUAAAGGACGACACAGCCAGUGGACGUUCACCGUUUUCCUCCAGUUCGCCUCCACCAUGCAGACCCCAACACCCGAGCACGACGACUCCUUUGAUUUCCUGUUCAAGAUCAUCCUGAUCGGAGACUCUAACGUGGGGAAGACCUGUGUUGUCCAGAAUUUCAAGUCGGGCGUCUUCGCAGAGAGACAGCAGAACACCAUCGGGGUGGACUUCACUGUGCGCACUGUGGACAUCGAGGGGAAGAGGGUGAAGAUCCAGGUGUGGGACACAGCAGGUCAGGAGAGGUUUCGCACCAUCACCCAGAGCUAUUACCGCAGCGCUCACGGCGCCAUGAUCGCCUACGACAUCACGCGCCGCGCGACCUUUGACUCCGUGUCCCACUGGAUCAAGGAGGUGGAGCUGUACGGAGCAACCAAUGUGGUGCUGGUGCUCAUAGGUAACAAAAGUGACCUGGAGGAGGAGCGUCAGGUUCUGUUUGAGGAGGCGUGCAACCUGGCGAACGAGAGGGGAAUCCUAGCUGCGCUGGAAACAUCAGCAAAGGAGAGCCAGAACGUGGAGGAAGCCUUCAUCAUGAUGGCCAAAGAGCUGCUCUAUCGCAACGGCCACACCGUCCAGCAGGGGGACACACCGCGAGUUCUCCUCCGCGCCAACUCCCGGCCGGUCAACGGCACCGUUGGUACCUAUGCGCCGCCAGAGAAGAAGUCCUGCUGUUGAUGCAGCAACUGGCAAGUGAAGGACACCUUUUUUAAAUCAUGAACGUGCAUGAUGUGGAUUACUGCGAUCGAGGCCCUCGAGAACCAAAGAAUGUCCGCUUUGAUGAUAUUUAGGCGAUUUCAUGGAAAGAUCGAUGGAAUUUGCUUUGCUAUUGCUUUCUUGACGCGACGAGAAAGACAGAAUUGUUCAGCUGGUGCUGCAAAGGGAAAAAAGAAAGUCAAUUCAGUGUUGUCGUAAAGUCACAGAGAGUCGAUCUCUUUGAUAAUCGACUGUGUCUCGCUGGGUUUGUCAUAUUA